ACGAGCGCGGGGCCGAGGCCGCGCCCGGGCAGGGCCGCGCUCAGCUCGGCCGGGCCAGAAGCGCUUCCGGGCGGCGGGCGGAAGUUUCCGCGUUGCCGCGGCGACGGCGCGGCCGCCAUGGCGGUGCCGAGCUGGCUGGAGCGGCUGCGGGCGGCUGGCAAGACGGCGCUGGUGCAGGACGGGAAGCGGAAGAUCCACUACUUGUUCGAGGAUGGGAAGGAGAUGGCCGAAGAGUACGACAUUAAGACUGGCCAGUUAAUAAGUAGAAAAUGGCGAGAGAAGAACACCCUUGGGGGCACCGGCAAGUGGCAGGUGGAAGUGGGAGAGCCAACCUCACCGCUCCUGGGAGCACUGGAGUCAGAGCAUAUAACAGAGAGCAGCUCAAAUCCUAUCUUCAUGAGGAAGGAUACCCUGAGCAGCUUCCAGUGGUGGAUCCGUAACCUUCCCUACCCCAAAGAGGUCUACAGUGUCUCCGUGGAAGACGGGCAGCGCUGCUGUGUCAUCCGGACCACCAACAAGAAGUACUAUAAAAAGUUCUCUAUUCCUGAUCUGGACAGAUACCACCUCCCCUUGGAUGCAGCUGCCCUGAGCUUCACCCAUGCCAACAACACCCUGAUCAUCACGUACCAGAAGCCGAAGGAGAUCCUGGCUGCAGAAGAGCAGCUGCAGAAGGAGCUGAAGAAGAUAAAGGCAGCUAACAGUGGGGAUGGAGACUGUAAGACCCAGUAGGCAGUGGCUGCUAAGAGGUUGAGGUGAGGGGCAGCUCUCUGGCACAACUUAAUGGUGUUUAUUUUGCCUUAUCUAAUAAAAAUGACUUCUGUUGUUAA